AUGGCCCCGGCUCUGUUCCUGCUGCUGGCGAUGGCCCUGGGGGGGUCUUUGGGGACCCCCCCCCGCCCCGCCCCCGCUCCCGGCUGUGCCCCGGCCCUGGGGGAGCUCCUGGAGCGGCUGCGGGAGCUGGAGCGGAGGGUGCGGGAGCUGCAGGGAGCUGACCAAGGCCGCUGCCGCUCCGGGCUCUGCCGAUGCUUCCCCGGGUUCAGCGGCCCCGACUGCAGCACCCGCGGCUGCGGCCCCGGCACCGCCUGCGCCCAUGCCCCCCCCUCGGUGAGGCCCCGCUUGCUCUCCCGCACCCCCUCUUCCUUGCGGGUGUCGUGGCCCCCCCCGACGGGGCCGGUGGACGGGUACCGGGUGUCCCUGGUGCCGCUGGACGACCCCGGCUCCGCGCUCUCCCAGGACCUGCCCGGCUCCGCGCUCACGUUCGAGGCCUCGGGGCUGGAGCCCGGCAGCAGCUUCGAGCUCCGCGUGCAGGCGAGGACACGGGGGGAGCUGGGCCCAGCGGGGACCCUGCGCCUGCGAACCCAGCUUGCCCAGACCCUGCCCCGUCACGGAGGGUCCCCAGUGCCACCGAUUGCGUCCCCGCCACCCCCGAGGUCCCCGGCGCCAGCAGCAUCCCCGGGCUCACCGGCGUCACCGGAUGCACCCUUGGCCUCACCGGGGUCUUUGGGGUCACUGCCAGCAUCGCCAAGGCUUCCAGCGGCCCCAGUGCCUCGAGGGUCCCCAGCAUCUGCGAGGUCACCGGGGUCCCCAUCAGCCCCAGUGUCCCCGGAGUCCCCAGCGCUACCACAGGCCCCCGCGUCACCUCCAGCCCCGUGGUCCCCAGGGCUCCCUGGGGUCCCAUCCCUGCAUGACCUGGGGGCCAAGCUUGCCUCCUACAACGGCUCCUUGCUGCAGCGCCUGGAGAGCCACCUCCGGGCCACCAACUUCCCCCUGCGGGGCAACCAGACGGUGCCCGCGGUGGCCAGGGCCAUCCUCUCGUACCUCCUGCGCCGCAGCCCGGCCGCGCUCCGGCACCAGCUCCUGCAGCAGCUGCCCCAUCCCAAGCCCCACUUGAUGCCGGGGGCUGCCGGGGAGGCUCUGGUGGACCUGGAGGGGCUGCGGGGCCACGCGGAGACCGUGGUGAUCCGGUACCGGCUCCUGGAAGAGCCCGAGGGGGCCGAGGGGGAGCUGCGGGUGCCGGGGGACGCGGCGCUGGCACGGGUGCCGGGGCUGGUGCCGGGGGCCAGGUACCGGGUGGAGGUGCACGGGCUGGUGCGGGGCCACGUCUCCAAGUCCUACACGUUCCUGGUGACAGCAGGGGUGGGAGGCACCGAGGAGCCGCCGCUGGGCUGGGAGCAGAUGUACGAGAUGGAGCCGACGGAGCCCCAAGGAGCCCCAGCCAAAGAAGAGCCGGCCCCACCAUCGGAGGAGCCACCAACCAAACCGCGCCUGGGCGAGCUCAGGGUGUCCGAGGUCACCUCUGACUCGGUGCAGCUGGAGUGGAGCGUCCCCGAGGGCACCUUUGACUCCUUCACUGUGCAGUACCGGGAUGCUCAAGGCCAACCUCAGGCACUUGCAGUUGAUGGUGGCUCCCGCACGGUCACAGUGUCAGGGCUGUCCCCGUCCCGACGCUACAAGUUCAACCUGUACAGUGUGUGGGGACGGAAGCGGGUUGGUGUCAUCUCCACCGACACCAUUACAGCCCCAGCUCCACAGGAGAAGAAGCCACCAAUCAAGCCUCGCCUGGGUGAGCUCAGGGUGUCCGAGGUCACCUCUGACUCGGUGCAGCUGGAGUGGAGCGUCCCCGAGGGCACCUUUGACUCCUUCACGCUGCAGUACCGCGAUGCACAAGGCCAGCCCCAGGUGCUGCCCGUGGACGGGGGUUCCCGCACGCUGACGCUGCCGGGGCUGUCCCCGUCCCGCCGCUACAAGUUCAACCUGUACGGGCUGUGGGGUCGCACACGCCUGGGCCCCGUCUCCACCGACACUGUCACAGCCCCAGCUCCACAGGAGGAGGAACCAGCAUCGCAGCCAGUGCUGGGUGAGCUCAGGGUUUCCAACGUCACCUCUGACUCGGUGCAGCUGGAGUGGAGCGUCCCCGAGGGCACCUUUGACUCCUUCACGCUGCAGUACCGCGAUGCACAAGGCCAGCCCCAGGUGCUGCCCGUGGACGGGGGUUCCCGCACGCUGACGCUGCCGGGGCUGUCCCCGUCCCGCCGCUACAAGUUCAACCUGUACGGGCUGUGGGGUCGCACACGCCUGGGCCCCGUCUCCACCGACACUGUCACAGCCCCAGCUCCACAGGAGGAGGAACCACCAUCACAGCCAGUGCUGGGUGAGCUCAGGGUGUCCGAGGUCACCUCUGACUCGGUGCAGCUGGAGUGGAGCGUCCCCGAGGGCACCUUUGACUCCUUCACGCUGCAGUACCGCGAUGCACAAGGCCAGCCCCAGGUGCUGCCCGUGGACGGGGGUUCCCGCACGCUGACGCUGCCGGGGCUGUCCCCGUCCCGCCGCUACAAGUUCAACCUGUACGGGCUGUGGGGUCGCACACGCCUGGGCCCCGUCUCCACCGACACUGUCACAGCUCCACAGGAGGAGGAAUCCCAGCCAGUGCUGGGUGAGCUCAGGGUGUCCGAGGUCACCUCUGACUCGGUGCAGCUGGAGUGGAGCGUCCCCGAGGGCACCUUUGACUCCUUCACGCUGCAGUACCGCGAUGCACAAGGCCAGCCCCAGGUGCUGCCCGUGGACGGGGGUUCCCGCACGCUGACGCUGCCGGGGCUGUCCCCGUCCCGCCGCUACAAGUUCAACCUGUACGGGCUGUGGGGUCGCACACGCCUGGGCCCCGUCUCCACCGACACUGUCACAGCCUCAGCUCCACAGGAGGAGGAACCAGCAUCACAGCCAGUGCUGGGUGAGCUCAGGGUGUCCGAGGUCACCUCUGACUCGGUGCAGCUGGAGUGGAGCGUCCCCGAGGGCACCUUUGACUCCUUCACGCUGCAGUACCGCGAUGCACAAGGCCAGCCCCAGGUGCUGCCCGUGGGGGGUUCCCGCACGCUGACGCUGCCGGGGCUGUCCCCGUCCCGCCGCUACAAGUUCAACCUGUACGGGCUGUGGGGUCGCACACGCCUGGGCCCCGUCUCCACCGACACUGUCACAGCCCCAGCUCCACAGGAGGAGGAAUCCCAGCCAGUGCUGGGUGAGCUCAGGGUGUCCGAGGUCACCUCUGACUCGGUGCAGCUGGAGUGGAGCGUCCCCGAGGGCACCUUUGACUCCUUCACGCUGCAGUACCGCGAUGCACAAGGCCAGCCCCAGGUGCUGCCCGUGGACGGGGGUUCCCGCACGCUGACGCUGCCGGGGCUGUCCCCGUCCCGCCGCUACAAGUUCAACCUGUACGGGCUGUGGGGUCGCACACGCCUGGGCCCCGUCUCCACCGACACUGUCACAGCCCCAGCUCCACAGGAGGAGGAACCAGCAUCACAGCCAGUGCUGGGUGAGCUCAAGGUGUCCGAGGUCACCUCUGACUCGGUGCAGCUGGAGUGGAGCGUCCCCGAGGGCACCUUUGACUCCUUCACGCUGCAGUACCGCGAUGCACAAGGCCAGCCCCAGGUGCUGCCCGUGGACGGGGGUUCCCGCACGCUGACGCUGCCAGGGCUGUCCCCGUCCCGCCGCUACAAGUUCAACCUGUACGGGCUGUGGGGUCGCACACGCCUGGGCCCCGUCUCCACCGACACUGUCACAGCCCCAGCUCCACAGGAGGAAGAACCAGCAUCGAAGCCCAUGCUGGGCCAGCUGAGGGCCCCUCACGUCACCUCUGACUCGGUGCAGCUGGAGUGGAGCGUCCCCGAGGGCACCUUUGACUCCUUCACGCUGCAGUACCGCGAUGCACAAGGCCAGCCCGAGUCUCUGCUCUUGGACGGGGGGUCCCGCAGAGCGACAGUCCCUGGGCUGUCACCUUCCCAGCGCUACAACUUCUACCUGUAUGGAGUGAUUGGGCAGAAACGCCUGGGCCCUGUCUCCCUCGACACUAUCACAGCCCCAGCUCCACAGGAGAAGCCACCAACCAAGCCCCGCCUGGGGGAGCUGAGGGCCCCUCACGUCACCUCUGACUCGGUGCAGCUGGAGUGGAGCGUCCCCGAGGGCACCUUUGACUCCUUCACGCUGCAGUACCGCGAUGCACAAGGCCAGCCCCAGGUGCUGCCCGUGGACGGGGGUUCCCGCACGCUGACGCUGCCGGGGCUGUCCCCGUCCCGCCGCUACAAGUUCAACCUGUACGGGCUGUGGGGUCGCACACGCCUGGGCCCCGUCUCCACCGACACUGUCACAGGCGCCCCAGGGACCCUCUGGGUGGGAUCCGUGUGGCCCCGCAGCGCCCGCCUGCACUGGGACCCCCGUCGCGUGCCCCCCGAUGGCUACGACCUUGUCUAUGGGCCCCCUGGAGGAGCCCAGCAGACAUUGCAGCUCCCCCCCGAGGCAACAUCCUAUGAGCUGUGGGGCCUGGAGCCUGCGGGGCGCUAUGGGGUGCAGCUACGGGGCCGGGGAGAAGAUGCCCCCCCCACCCUGCUGGAGACCACCUUUGACACCCCCCCCCUUCCCCACCCGCACCCCCGGGACUGCGCCGAGGAGCAGCUCAAUGGGCCGGGGCCUUCGCGCGAGGCCCUCGUCUUCCUCGGGGGGGACCCCGCAAGGCCCCUGCGCGUCUUCUGCGACAUGGACACGGACGGCGGCGGGUGGCUGGUGUUCCAGCGGCGCCAGGACGGGGGCACGGAUUUCUGGCGGGGGUGGGAGGAGUACGAGAGGGGCUUCGGGAACGUGAGCGGAGAAUUCUGGUUGGGUAACGCCGCUCUCCACGCUCUCACCUCCUCCCGCCCCAUGGAGCUCCGGGUCGAUCUCCGCUCCCCGCUCGACGCCGCCUUCGCCCGCUACCGCGACUUCCGCGUGGCCGGGCCCCACGAGCACUACGGCCUGCACCUGGGAGCCUACAGCGGCACCGCCGGGGACGCUCUUUCCUACCACUCGGGGAACCCGUUCUCCACCCGGGACCGGGACCCGCGGGGCCGCCCCCGUCCCUGCGCCGUCGCCUACGGGGGGGCCUGGUGGUACCGGAACUGUCACUACGCGAACCUGAACGGGAGGUACGGGAACCCCCGAGAGCAUCAGGGUGUCACGUGGUUCCCAUGGAAAGGAUUUGAGUUCUCCAUCCCCUUCACCGAGAUGAAGCUGCGGCCCCAGCGCGACUGAGGGCGACCCACACUUGGGGGGCACCCCAUGGAUCCGGGGCACCCCAUGGAUGGGGGCACCCCAUGGAUCCGGGGCACCCCAUAGAUCCAGGGCUCCCCAUAGAUCCGGGGCACCCCAUGGAUCCAGGGCACCCCAUAGAUCCGGGGCACCCCAUAGAUCCGGGGCACCCCAUGGAUCCGGGGCACCCCAUGGACCAGGGGCACCCCAUAGAUCCGGGGCACCCCAUAGAUCCGGGGCACCCCAUGGAUCCGGGGCACCCCAUGGACCAGGGGCACCCCAUAGAUCCGGGGCACCCCAUGGAUCCAGGGCACCCCAUAGAUCCGGGGCACCCCAUGGAUCCGGGGCACCCCAUGGAUCCAGGGCUCCCCAU